AUGUCAAAUCCGAUGUUCGCGGAGAAAUGGGAGAGCUCAAGUAGAAGCAGCAGACGAGAGCAUAAAAGGAGAGAGAGGAAGAUGUGGAAGAAACCCAUCAGGAUUUCCCGAUUGCCCAGCUUCGGAUUCUCCGGUUCCGACUUCACAAUCGAUCAGAUUCCGGCCAUCUUCUCCGGCUACACUGCCGAGUCAGAAGAUUCCUCUUCUUCCGAGAUGUCUGAUGAUUCCAGAACUUGCUCUAAAUCAUCUGAUGAGAACGCAGAGAUUGACCAGGCAAGUCUCACUUCUGAAAGGUCAGAAUCGGUGAGGAGACGAGCGAAUUUGAAGAGUAUUUCUCGAAUUUCAAGCAUGAAGGUUCUUAGGAGACAGUCAACGAGGAAAUUAUCCGCAGGAGGAGGACAUAGACUGAAGAAGAUGAGAUCGAUGAAGCGUUUAACUUCAAACUCGAGACAUAUUCUGAGGAAGAAGGCUUUGGAUUCAAUUUCCAGGGACGACUUAGGGUUAUUAGAGCCUCAUUACUUGAGACCAACGAGCUCUUCUGCUUCAAAGAAUGUCGAAAACAAUCAGAAGAGUCUCCAAGCAGCUAGGUUAAAGAGAAUAGCGAGCUUGAGAUACAGUGGGUUGCUUAAAGCUACGUGUUCUUCAGCUAUGAAAGGUUCUUCGUCUUCUUCCAAGAAGAGUAAUGAUGUUUGCAAUUACAAGUACUGUUCUCUGCACGGUCGGCUUCAUAGCCACGCAGCGGAUAAUAGUGUUACUGUCCCGUCUUUGAAGCGGUUUGUGUCGAUGAGGAGGAAGUUUUUGAAGAGACAGAAGAGCGUGAACCGGCGUUUGGUGUUAUUGAAGCGGACUUUGAGCAGAAAGAGAAGGCCUUUAAGCGGUCCGAUUGUGACUGACCUAGAAUCAAAGCAGAUGGAUGAUGAUGAUAAUGCAGACGGAGAUUCUGAUCAAGAGUUGCUUGAAGAAGAGGUUUCAAGCUCAGAGAAUUGUGGAAAUAAUUCAGAAUCGAACGGAGGAUCUACUGAGAUGGUGAUGGUAGAUGUUGAUGGAGGAAUGGAUUCAGUGGAGACUAAUGCAUCAGCUGAAAGAGAAUGUGUUCAGGAAUCUAAACCAGAGGUUAUGGAUGAGUCAGAUGGAAGAAUUGACAAAGAUUCGGAGAAAAACGCUGAUCAUGAUGAUGAGGUGGUGGAGGAAACUAAGAGUGAAGAAACGGAUGAAAAGAAAACUGAAAAUGUAUGGAGUGACACAGAAUCUAAACCGGAGAUUAUGGAUGAUUCUGAUGGAAUGGCUGAUUCAUAUGAAAGAAUUGACAAAGACUUUGAGGAAUCUAAGGUGACGGGUCUCUGCUAUGAUGAGGGAACGAAAAGUGGAGAAAUUGUGGAAGAUCAUGAGGAGGAAGUUUGUAGAGAAGAUGAUGGAAAGAAUACCGAAAAUGUAUGGAACGAUACUGUUACGCUUGUUAAGCAAGCGUUUGAUGAGAUUCUUGCAGAAAUCACCGACGAUGACUCGUCUGAUGAUAAUUCUUCUGUUACAAUUUCAGAGGGUGUAUUGGCGAAAGAGUAUGAUGUUGGAGAGGAUUCGAGUGAUUGCUCGGAUAUGCCGCCUACUAAGCGAAGGGACACACAUUUGUCUGUGAUUAUUUCUAAUUCUCACAUGGGAGAAGAAUCUGAACAUAGGAGAGGUGCCAAGAAGUGGAGUUACCUGAAAAGGGUCAUUCUUCUCAAGAGGUUUCUCAAGUCGUUGGAUCGAAGAGCGAGACGCAAGUUGCCUGAUGGUGAAGAGAGUGAAGCACUAAUGCGGUUGAGAAGAGAGUUGGUUGGAGAGAGGAAGAAUGCAGAAGAAUGGAUGCUUGAUCAUGCCCUUAAGCAAGUCAUUUCCACACUUGCUCCAUCGCAGAAAAGGAAAGUUAAACAUCUUGUCAAAGCUUUUGAAUCUUUGAUUCCUAUGGAUGGUGGCUCUAGAGGUCAUGAUGAUCUUGCAAGUCCCGGAAGAGAAGAGAGCGAAACAGUGAACUCGCAAACAACGAUCUUAAGAGACAAUAAAGACACUACUGAUCAACUAGAAGUUUUACCAGAAAGGGAUCUUGAAGAAACAAAGUUAACUAGCGAAGCGUCAUCAUCUCUGUCUAUUGGUAUGAAAUCUGAUGAAGCUUUGGAAUCAGUAGCAGAUUCAAGUCAUCAUAUCGCUGUGGAGAAAGAAUUAGAUGGGCCAGCUUCGGUGUCAUCUAUAGAAGAAGAAGAGAAGACAGGAGAUUCUGAAAAGAAAAAUCUGUCUACAUGGAGGAACCUCAUACAGAAGCACAUGACUAUGAGAGACAACAACGAGAUGAGGCGUGGUGAAACUGAGCAAGAACACAAGUGGUCCUAUGUAACUGAUCAGAUGACAGGUAUUGAAAAGGAUGGUGAUGUUGCAGCUGUUAAAUCGGUUCAGCAAGCAUUUGAAAUGAUUCUCUCAGAAAUCCCUGACCCUUCGUUUGAUGAUGAAGAGAUUGGUUCAGAAUCAUCUAACUCUCUUAAAGAGGAGAAAGAAGGUCAUGGAGAGACUAAAAGAAGCUGGAACAGCCUGAGAAAGGUUAUACUUUUGAAAAGAUUUGUUAACAGCUUGGAGAAAGUACGUGAUUUUAAUCCGAGAAAGUUGCGGAAUCUACCUGUUGAAUCUGAAUUGGGGGCAGAAAAUGUAUUACUAAGACAUCUAUCAACAAUGGAGCGAAGAACAGUUGGAGAGGAACGGAUGCUGGAUUAUGCUAUGAGACAAGCUAUAUCAAGAUUGGCUCCUAUACAGAGAAAGAAAGUAGAACUCCUUGUGCAGGCCUUUGAUACAGUUCUUGAUGGCCAUGAGACUCCUAAGCAAUCCAAGAGCAAUGAUAACAAGGAGGAAACUGCCGAAGGAGCACCGAGAGUAGUGGAAGAUUGUGAAGUCAACGAAGAUGAGCAGAGGAUCAAAAACGUCUUUUCAAGAUUUCAGGUACAUCAAAAGAUCUUGAAACAAGAAGAUGAGCUUGAUACUCCCCGGAACAAUGUUGAAACUGGCGAAGAAGGAACACUGAGAGUAGAGGAAGAUUGUGAAGUCAACAAAGAUGAGCAGAGGAUCAAAAGUACAUUUUCAAGAUUUCAGGUACAUCACAAGGACUUGAAAGGAGAAGAGGAGGUUGAUUCUACACCGAGGAAAUCCAGAGAUUUACUUCCUCCUAUCAGAGAUGUUAAACAGAGAAUCGUGGUUGAGAAAGAGAAAGAUUCGAGAAUGUGGAAGCUCAUCUAUAAACAUAUGGUAACAGAGAAAGAAGAAACUGGUUCUGCAAAUGGUGAAUCAGUGGCUUCAGUUGAAAGUGAAUUUGAUGAUGAGGCUGGUGGUCUUCAGAUUGAUGAGAGAAGAAGCGGAACAGUAACACUUGUUAGAGAAGCUCUUGAGAAGAUUCUCUCUGAAAUCCCGGACAACUCAUCGGAUGAUCAAUCUAUGGACAGUGAUAUAACUACGGAUCAAGAACUACUCGAAAGAAACUCCCUGGACAAACCAAAGUCCAACGAGAAAAGAGUGAAGGGGUGGAACAAUGUGAAGAAAGUCAUUCUUCUAAAGCGAUUUGUUAGCGAUUUAGGAAGUAUGACGAGACUCAGCCCCAAGACUCCUCGGGUUUUGCCUUGGGAACCCGAUCCAGAAACCGAGAAGAUCCGUUUGAGGCAUCAGGAAAUCGGAGGGAAGAGGAACUCAGAGGAAUGGAUGCUUGAUUAUGCUCUGCGACAAGCCAUAUCGACAUUAGCACCGUCUCAGAAAAGAAAAGUCUCUCUUCUCGCACAAGCUUUCGACACUAUAAGCUUUGGGAGCUGUUCCACUCCCGGUUCUGCAACAACAUCCAGAAACAUCUCUCGUCAAUCCAGCCUUUCUUCUGCGACGGGACAUACUGAAAAUGAAGCUCAUGCUGAGAUCAUAAGAGGAAGACUGAGAAAUCUACAAGAGGAUCUCAGAAAGACUACAAAACCUGAUCCUAUAGCCAAUGAUGUGGAGGAGAAACAACAGUGCUCGAGCUUGUGGCGGUUAUUAUGCAAACAGAUGGAAGACAACGAGAGAAACCAAACAUUGCCUGAAGAAACACGAAAUGAAGAAGUAGAAGAAGAAGAAGAACUGAAGGAAGACUCAAAUGUGGAUGGCGGAAAGAUGGAACUUUACCAAACUGAAGCAGUGGAGCUAUUAGGAGAAGUCAUAGAUGGGAUCUCUCUUGAAGAGAAUCAAGAUCAGAACCUCAUCCAAGGAGAAACAAAACAGAAGAUUGAAACUUUACGUGUCUCCCAAGCGAGGAUUAACAGAUGGAGCAACCUCAAAAGAGUGAUAUUGCUAAGGAGAUUCGUCAAGGCGUUAGAGAAUGUUAGGAAAUUCAACCCGAGAGAGCCUCGGUUCUUGCCGUCGAUCCCCGAAAUAGAAUCAGAAAAGGUAAAUCUUAGGCAUCACGAAACUCAAAACAAGAGAAGCGGGGAGGAAUGGAUGGUGGAUAACGCUCUUCAAGGAGUGGUUUCGAAGCUAACACCAGCUCGGAAACUUAAAGUUCAGUUAUUGGUGCAAGCUUUUGAGACUCUUUCGGCUACAGGGAACUGUGACAAACAAAAUGUCUUGUUUCACACGGUUUUCAAUUCAUAA